AUGAAGCCAAAGGUCCAAGUCAUUGCCCGCCGUGAGGCAGAUUUUGCCAGAGCAACCAAAACUGAUGGCUUAAAGAUCUUGAAGAACACUGCACCUGAAUUACACCCAUUAUCUCAACAAAUUGAAUACGUUCGUGCUGUUAGAGCCGCCAAAAUGAAGAAAAUGUUUUCCAAGCCAUUUAUUGGAUCAUUGGAGGGUCACUCUGAUACCAUUACAGCAUUAUCAAGAGAUCAUCGUGAAGGAGAUAUCCCGACAUUAGUUUCUGGUAGCGUUGAUGGAGAUAUUCGCAUCUGGGACCUUUCUGCUCGUGAAUGCUUACACACAUUUCAUGCUGGAUCUUGCGUUAAUGAUGUUUGCAGUGAUCACAAAUCAGAAUUAGUACUUGGUGUCAGCGCAAACGCACAUAUCUACGGUUUCAGAGUUGAUUCUGAUAGCGAUGAUAAAGUUCACUUUGAUUAUACAUCACCACAUGGACAUUUAAGCUCAAUCGACUUUUCUUAUGCCAAUGAUCAAUUUGUUACAGCAGGCGAAGCUCUUAUGCUCUGGUCACCACAUCGUAACCAACCGAUCCUCAAAUUCAGCUCUCAAAUUCGUCAAUUUACAGAUAGCGUUUUCAAUCAAAACGAACAGAACCUCAUUUGCGCCUGUGCAGAAGACAGAAGCAUCAUCAUCGCAGAUACACGUACAUCUACAAUUGCUCGUACAAUUACGAUGAAGACUAAAUCAAAUGCAGUUGAUUGGAACCCACAAAAGCCAUUCUACUUCGUUGUUGCAAACGAUGAUUCCGCAUGCUAUCUUUUCGAUGUUCGUAAGACCGAAUCCGCCAUCAGAGUUUUCACAGAUCAUUUAGGACCAGUUACAUGCAUCAAUUUCUCUCCAAAUGGAAACGAAUUCGUUUCCGGCAGCUACGACAGAACAGUCCGCGUCUGGGAUUGGUCCCAAAUCAAGUCCCUCGACUGCUACCAUACGAAACGUAUGCAAAGAGUAUUUUCAUGCUGCAUUUCACAUGAUUCUAAGUUCGUCAUCACUGGUUCAGAAGACAUGUCAAUCAGACUCUUCAAGACUAAGGCCAAUGAAGUACUUACAGCCAGAUCAAAGAAGGAAGAAGAGGCACAAAACAUGAAUGAAAGAUUACUCAAGAAAUGGAGACAUUCUACUGAAGUUAAAAUGAUCGCUGAGAAACAGAACCUUCCAAAGACACUUCACAGACAGAGAUACGAAAGAGCCAAACAAAUGGACGCUGUUUCAAGAAAGGCUUUAGCAAGAAUGGCCCAUUCUAAGGAUCCAGAAUCAAUGAAACCAAAGCCAUUGAGAAUUGGAAGAAUCGUGGACGACGAUGGAAGAGAAGAACAAAAGCAAGAAGAACAGGAAGAAUAA